CAAACCGCUGCCUCACAAAUGCCCAUUAUUACUUCUGGUCAAACUGGCAUUAUGAUUAAUAAGAAUGAACAAAGGGUUGACCAAGAAGGAGAUAAAAGCAUUACUAAUGAUAAUGCAAGCUAUUUUGGCUGUCCUGAUAAGAAAUGCCAGUUAAAAGAAAUAUAUAUAUGGAUCGCCAACACUUAUCCAUUCUAUAAGAUAGAAAAUGAAGGUUGGAAGAAUGCCAUUCGACAUAACCUAACCCUAUGCCCUGCUUUUCACCGUUGUGAACGGGAUGACGGAAAGAGAAGAAAGAAAUCCUGGGCAAUUCCUAAUGAAUAUCAGGAAUGUUUCAUCAAUGGAGUCUAUAUUAACUAUAAAGCGAGUGAAAUUAAGGUACGUGAAGAAAGUGCUGCCUUUGGGUCUGGGACAAUUAACUCUUCCAGUAAUGGAAUGGUUGAAACCCGAUCAGAACUGAUUUUUCUCCACGACUGUCCAAAUUUAUCAACAUCUCCAACACAAUCAAUUUCUGGUUUUGGAAGCAUACUUAGACCUGCACCUCGCCAAUCUGGAAUAGAAUACUAUACAAUAAUGAGGCACAUGCAGGAAAAUCCAUGCCUUAAUGCUACUUAA